AUGGCGAACAUGUCUAUUAAUGAAUACUACAACAAGUUCAUUGAGUUGAUGAGGUUUGCCCCGGAAGUAGUUCCCACUAAAACCAUCAAAGCUCAGAGAUUUGAGCAAGGCCUGACCCUGACCCUUCAAUGGAAGCUAGGGGGAGUAACUUUUCAGACCCUAGAUGAAGUCUAUGGCCGAGCAACCCACCUGUACGGGAUCAAGGGGAGAGAGAUGGAGCAUUCUGGAGAAAAAAGGAAGAACCAAGACUCUUUUCACGGGGGUGAAAAGAGGCAUAAGCCCAAUGAUAACCACCAAGGGAAUUCUGGAGAUAUAAGGGACAACAAGGGGAACUUUGGGAAAGGGAAUGGAGGCCAGUCGGCCAAUGCUAGAGGGAAUGGAAACCAGAGGGGUGAGAAGCCCAAGAGAAAGUAUAUCUGCAAGCGGUGUGAGAAAGACCACCUAGGGAAGGAACAUGAAGGAAACCCAAUGACUUUUCAUUACUACCAGAAGUUAGGAUACCAUGAGUAUCAGUGUUUCAAGAAAGAGGGUGACGUUAAGUCAAGAAAGGUGAAAGUGUCUAGUACUACUAGCAAACCACCACAUCCUAAUGGAUCUGCCCCCAAGGUUGGAACUAGUAGCGUCGCGGGAGGUGCCCCAAAGGGUCGUGUGUUCGUGAUGAACAGCCGUGAGGCUGAAACUUCUAAUGAUGUGGUAAUUGGUAUCUUCCUCAUAAGUUCUUUGUCUGUGAAAGUUUUGUUUGAUCGGGUGCAUCCCAUUUCUAAGAUAGUAGUUGAAAGUCUUGGGUUAGUGAGUCCUGAGUUAGUUUCUGUAGAAGUGUCUAUUCCGCCUAGGGAAGUGAGGAAUUGUUCCAAGUUGUUUAGGAGUGUACCUCUUUCCAUUUCUAGGGUAGAAUUUCCGUCGGAUUUGAUCGAGUUUGAUUUAAAGGAUCUCGAUGUGAUUUUGGGUAUGGAUUGGUUGGGAAAUUACGAAGCCAAGAUUAAUUGUGCAGCUAAAAAGGUUACUUUGAAUAACCCAAGUAAAACUAGAGCGAGUGACAAGUGUCAUUUAUGA